GUAGUUAUUUCAAUUCCUCAGGUCUUGCAGAUCUGCAAUUACAGUGGCUACAUAUGAUGCUACUUCCAUGCCCAGUCAAUUCAUGCACAUGUCCAAGUCUGGAGGAAGCUGCGGGCGGAAGCUCGCUCCACCUGCUCAGUUCAUGGCUUUAACUGGGUUUCGCUACAUGGAACAUACAACGCGCUUUCCUCAGGCGGCAAGUGCAAUUGCAGGUGACUGCAGCUAGAACUUUGCCGAUGCGAAUUCUUCGGCCUCUAUCGGCCUUGUCCACCCGUUCCCUUCGACUCGCGUUUACGCAGCAGGUCCGCAAGACUUCGUUCACCCAAUCUAGCCACAUUCGAUAUACGCCGCUCUCGGUUCUUCGCACGACACCCCUACUUCGAUUCUACCGCGCUACUUCGAUCGAAAUGGAGAAAGUCGAUACUUCCGGCCGGCUGGCUGAGCUUCGAAAGCUCAUGGCAGAGCACAAGGUCGAUGUAUACAUUGUGCCGUCCGAAGAUGCACACUCCUCGGAGUACAUCGCGCAUUGUGACGCUCGCCGAGAGUUUAUAUCUGGCUUCACGGGCUCGGCUGGUUGCGCCGUCAUUACGCACGACAAAGCUGCGCUAGCCACGGAUGGACGGUACUUCAACCAGGCUUCCAAGCAAUUGGAUGACAAUUGGCUUCUCUUGAAGCAAGGAAUUCAGGAUGUGCCCACCUGGCAGGAAUGGUCUGCCGAGCAGUCGGCGGAGGGCAAGGUCGUGGCCGUCGACCCUACCCUUCUGACCGCAGGUACAGCAAAGAAGCUUGCCGAGAAGAUCAAGAAGAGUGGAGGCAAGGAGCUGGUACCUAUCCCAGACAACUUGGUGGACGCCGUCUGGGCAAGCGAGAGACCAGCCCGACCAAGUGAGGCUGUAAUUCAUCUGGAUGAUAAAUAUGCCGGCAAGGAUGUGAAGUACAAGUUGACCGACCUCCGAAAAGAGCUGGAAAAGAGGAAGUCGCUUGGCUUUGUUGUCUCCAUGCUUGAUGAGAUAGCGUGGCUAUUCAACCUUCGAGGAAACGACAUCCCUUAUAACCCCGUGUUCUUCUCCUACGCCAUCGUUACGGCUGACAAGGCCACCUUGUACGUUGAUGCAUCUAAGCUGAGCAAUGGGUGUCACACAUAUCUCGGGGACAACGGUGUUGAGAUCAAGCCAUACGACACCAUCUUUGAUGAUACUGUGGCGUUGCGAGAGGCGGCGAAAGCCAACAUAAGCGAAGAAGCCGGCGAGUCCCAGAAGUUUUUGAUCUCUAACAGAGCGUCGUGGGCCCUAAAGCGCUCUCUGGGAGGCGACGAGCUGGUGGAGGAAAUCAGAAGCCCAGUCGGUGAUUCCAAGGCUGUAAAGAACGAAAUUGAGCUGGAAGGCAUGAGAACAUGCCACAUUCGAGACGGUGCUGCAUUGAUUGAGUAUUUUGCGUGGCUCGAGGAUCAACUGAUCACAAAGAAGGCAACUUUGGAUGAAGUCACGGCUGCCGACAAACUCGAGUCACUUCGCGCCAAGCAGAAGGACUUCGUCGGUCUGUCCUUUGACACGAUCUCGUCAACUGGCGCAAAUGCUGCAGUGAUACACUACAAGCCGGAGAAGGGGAAUUGCUCAAUAAUUGACCCCGACGCUGUAUAUCUCUGCGACUCUGGAGCCCAAUAUCUGGACGGCACAACUGAUACGACACGGACCCUUCACUUUGGAACCCCAACAGAAGCUGAAAUCCACGCAUACACUUUGGUUCUCAAAGGCAAUAUCGCCUUGGAUUUGGCAGUUUUCCCCAAGGGUACCACGGGCUUUGCAUUGGACUGCCUGGCCCGUCAAUACUUAUGGCAACAAGGACUUGACUACAGACACGGAACUGGCCACGGCGUUGGUUCUUACCUCAACGUCCACGAAGGACCCAUUGGUAUCGGUACCCGCGUCCAAUAUUCCGAAGUAGCAUUGGCACCCGGUAACGUCAUCUCAAACGAGCCUGGUUUCUACGAGGACGGAUCGUUCGGCAUCCGUAUCGAGAACAUCUUCAUGGUCCGAGAAGUGAAGACAAAGCAUUCGUUCGGUGACAAGCCGUACCUUGGCUUCGAGCACGUUACUAUGAAGUGGCUCAACGACUACAAUGCCGACAUUUGGGCAAAGACUCAUACAUACUUCACGGACGACAAACUCACAUUGGCAUGGUUGGAGAAGGCAACAAAGCCAUUCUAGUUAUAUCCUCUUGGAUAUGAUGAUGUUUGUCUCUUGGCUAACAGUCCUAUGUCAGUCUAGUGUCGAGUUUUGAAGGACUAUGGCCUAGAUUGACCACUGUUCAUUUUGGUCACAAUGAUUGGCAUUUGGGCAAAGAGCAUGUACACAUUCUGGGCGUCAAACAUUUGUAGCAAUGUCGGUUUCGUGUUUCUGGUGGAG